GGUCCUUUCAAUUCACAAGCCAACGAGAAGAUGCCAGAACCUACAAAGAAACCAGCUUCAGCAUUCAUCAAGAAACCAAAGACAAAAGAUGUCUCAGCAGGAGGCACUGCUGUUUUUGAAGCAGAGAUGGAGAAGAUGGGGAUCAAGGUGAAAUGGCAGCGAAAUGGUACAGAACUUGCCGCAAGUGAGAAGUAUGUUAUCAAAUCGGAGGGGAAUAAGCACUCCUUGAUCAUUAAUAAUGUUGGGAAAGAGGAUGAUGCCACUUAUGCUGUCAUUGCUGGAAGUUCCAAGGUCAAAUUUGAACUUAAAGUGACAGAACCAGAAAAAUUGGAAGAGGUUCCUCCUCCUGAGGUUUCUUCUGAUCAACCAACCUUCUCAGACAUACUUACUGUACCAAACACUGGACCUACAAAUGCUGAAUCUAAAGAUGCUGAAGCUACAAGUGAUAACAAAGUCUCAGGAGUUCUUCCUACAGAAGCCCAGGAAGAAAUACGUGUCGACCCAAUUGGUAUUUUUGUGACUCGGCCACAGGAUAGAGAAGUUGCAGUUGGUGGGAAUGUUACAUUCACUGCUGUAGUGGCAAGUGAAAGCUUACUGAAGAAACCUACAGCCAAAUGGUUCAAGGGAAAGUGGAUGGACCUGGCAAGCAAAGUGGGAAAACACCUUCAGCUUCAUGAAAGUUAUGAUCGAACCAACAAGGUUUAUGUCUUUGAAAUGAACAUUAUUGAUGCAAAACCAACUUAUGCAGGGGGAUAUCGAUGUGAGGUGGCUAUAAAGGACAAAUUUGACAGCUGUAAUUUUACCCUGGUUGUCCAUGAGGCGCCUGCUACUGCUGACCUGGACAUCCGAUCAGCAUUUCGACGGACGAGCACAGUAGGAGGAGGAAAGUGGACAUCAGCAUCCAGUGUGGAUGGUCAAGAUGAUGGCAGAGAGUUGGAUUUCACUACCUUGCUGAGAAAGAGCAGUUUCUUGCGCUCGGUACAUCGAAAUGAAGGAAAACUUGAAUCACAGCCAGAGGUUGAUGUCUGGGAAAUCCUUCGGAAUGCUCCGCCAUCAGAAUAUGAGAAAAUUGCAUUUCAAUAUGGCAUCACUGAUCUACGGGGAAUGUUGAAACGCCUCAAGCGCAUGAAAAAGGAGGAGAAGAAAAGCACAUCAUUUCAGAAGAGGUUGGAUCCAGCAUAUCAAGUUGACAAAGGACAGAAAAUCAAAUUAGUAGUGGAACUUGCUAACCCAGAUGAGGAAGUUAAAUGGCUCAAGAAUGGACAAGAGAUCCAAGUGAGUGGCAGAUAUAUUUUUGAAUCUCUGGGAAAUAAAAGGAUCUUGACCAUAAACCACUGCUCAUUGGCUGAUGACGCAGCAUAUCAGUGCGUGAUUGGGGAAGAGAAGACUUUCACAGAACUGUUUGUAAGAGAGCCUCCAAUCCUGAUCACUCAUUCUCUGGAAGACCAUGUGGUCACAGUUGGGGAAAGAGUGGAGUUUGAAGCUGAAGUCUCUGAAGAUGGGGCUACUGUGAAAUGGGAAAAAGAUGGUGUAGAGCUUACUCGAGAAGAGGCAUUCAAAUAUCGGUUCAAAAAGGAUGGUAAAAAGCACUACCUCAUCAUCAAUGAGUCCACCAAGGAAGAUAAUGGGCAUUACAAGGUCAAAACUAAUGGUGGGGAGUCUGUUGCAGAAUUGAUUGUACAAGAAAAGAAGCUAGAGGUGUACCAAAGUAUUGCAGAUCUGACUGUGAAGGCACGAGACCAGGCUGUGUUCAAAUGUGAGGUGUCCGAUGAGAAUGUGAAGGGCAUCUGGCUGAAAAAUGGGAAAGAGGUCAUCCCAAACAAUCGGAUUAAAAUCUCUCAUAUUGGCAGAAUCCAUAAGUUAACCAUCGAUGAUGUUACUCCAGAAGAUGAAGCUGAUUAUUCUUUUGUGCCUCAAGGAUUUGCAUACAAUCUCUCAGCUCAUCUGCGUUUUUUGGAGGUUAAGAUUGACUUUGUGCCUAGACAAGAACCCCCCAAAAUUCAUCUGGACUGCAUGGGGCAAACUCCGGACACCAUUAUUGUGGUAGCUGGAAAUAAGCUGAGACUUGAUGUACCCAUCUCAGGGGACCCAGUCCCUGAAGUGAUUUGGCAGAAAAAAAACAAGAAUAAUGAACUGGAACUAAUAAAAGGUGGCUCAAACUCUAUGGAUCUUAAGGGCACAGGUGGUGAUUUGACUAACAAUGAGAAGCCAUUUUCUGAUUCGGAAGGUCGAGUCCAUGUGGAAACAUAUGAAGACCACUGUGUGUUUACUAUUGAAGGAGCUGAGAAGGAAGAUGAGGGAAUCUACAGAGUUGCAGUGAAAAAUCCAGCUGGAGAAGACACAGCUGAUAUCACUGUAAAAGUUAUUGAUAUACCUGAUCCACCAGAAGCUCCUAAAAUCACUGAUGUUGGUGAAGACAACUGCAUAGUAAAGUGGCAGCCACCUAAGUAUGAUGGAGGACAGCCAAUACUGGGAUAUAUUUUAGAGAGGAAGAAAAAGAAGAGCUACAGGUGGAUGAGGCUGAACUUUGACCUUUUGAAGGAUCUGACUUAUGAAGCAAAGAGAAUGAUUGAAGGAGUUGUUUAUGAGAUGAGAAUUUAUGCCGUGAACUCAGUUGGCAUGUCUCGGCCUAGUCCUGCCUCACAGCCUUUCAUGCCAAUUGCUCCUCCAAGUGAGCCAACACACUUUACUGUAGAUGACAUUUCUGACACUUCUGUUACCCUGAAGUGGAGAGCCCCUGAACGGAUUGGAGCAGGAGGAUUGGAUGGCUACAAUAUUGAAUACUGUAGAGAAGGAUCCACCGAAUGGAUUCCAGCUCUUCCUAGCCCCACUGAGCGCACAUCUGUCUUACUUAAAGAUUUGGUUACAGGAGACAAAUUGUAUUUUCGCAUCACUGCUAUAAAUUUAGCAGGGACAAGUCAACCAGCAAUGAUUAAGGAAUUAGUUACUGUUCAAGAGAUCUUGCAGCGUCCUAAAAUUAGGCUGCCACGCAAUCUCAGACAAACUUUAAUGAAGAAAGUUGGUGAUACAAUCAACAUUGUAAUUCCUUUCCAGGGUAAACCUAGACCUAAAGUUAUCUGGAAAAAAGAUGGUCAGCUAAUAGACUCUAAGGAAGUGGGAAUACGAAACAGCAAUACAGAUACUAUUCUAUUUAUCCGAAAGGCCGAACGUCAUCAUUCUGGGAAAUAUGAAGUUGAAGUGCAAAUAGAAAACAUGAGUGACAAGGUCAACAUUACAAUGCAGAUUAUGGACAAGCCUGGUCCUCCUCUGAAUGUUAAGAUUGUGGAUGUAUGGGGAUUCAAUGUUGCUUUGGAAUGGAUGCCUCCCCAGGAUGAUGGCAAUUCUCAAAUCACAGGAUAUACGGUCCAGAAGGCAGACAAAAAAACAAUGGAAUGGUAUACUGUUUUUGAUCACUAUCGGCGCACUAACUGUGUAGUAUCUGAGCUGAUCAUGGGAAAUGAAUACUAUUUCAGGAUCUUCAGUGAAAACCUAUGUGGGCUGAGUGAAAAUGCUGCAAUCAGCAAAAACUCUGCCUACAUUAAAAAGACAGGAGCAAUUUACAAACCACCUAAUUACAAAGAACAUGACUUCUCUGAGGCACCAAAAUUCACCCAUCCACUUUCUGAUCGUUCGGUAAUCUCUGGGUACAAUGCAACACUCAGUUGUGCUGUCAGAGGAAGCCCAAAGCCCAAAAUCUUCUGGUUCAAAAACAAUGUGGACCUUUCUGGAGAUGCCAAGUACCGCAUGUUCAGUAAACAUGGAGUGUUGACUUUGGAAAUCCGCAAGCCCAGCCCAUUUGAUGGAGGAGUUUAUACCUGCAAGGCGGUGAAUGAUUGUGGUGAAGCAGAAAUAGAGUGUCGAUUGGAUGUUAGAGCACCACAGUGAAAUUCUAAGCAACUGGACAUCAGCAAGUCCAGCAACUGGACAUCAGCAAGUCUAAAUAUAGAACCGAGUUGUUUGUACCAACAAACCUGGGACAUCUAGGAAAAAUUGGAAGAGGCCAGCAACAUAAAGAAAAACCAGCCAGAUGUGUCAGCCCCUCAAAGCCUUAAGUAGCUUCUGGAUAUCAGAAAUGCUCAUUACUCCUGCUGCUGGGGAAAUUACAGAACAAAUUUAAUUCAUUUCCUGAUGCGGUUUCAGUCUCUUGUGCUGCUUUUCUCCCAAUUAGUAAGACCUGUUGUUCUUGAUAAGAGCUUCCACAUACCCCGAGUUAUAAUCAUACCAACUUAGCAAUUUUCGGUUACUAAUGGUUUUACAACGGUAGAACCUGUUUGACCACAAGCAGGGUAUGUGGGAUCUAUAGACCGGAAAUUCACACAAAAUGCAUUCAUCAGUUUUUUGUUUUUUGUUUUUAAAACACAAGUUCAUUUGGGAAUGAGACCAAUUGCAUCAUUACAUUGUGACUUAGUGCAUAUGCUUAGGCCUCACAUGCAAACAACUGGGGUGUAAUUUUUCAAACUUUUGGUUUGUUUGUUUUUAAUAUAAUACUGAUGGCAGAUAACUUUGGAAGCAGCUAUGAAAGCCUUCUAAAGGAUGUGGCUGUUUUAAGAAUAUGCCACAUUCCUUGGGAAGCCACUCUUUUGAUGACUUUGUGCAACUCUCCAAGAAACAAUUUCUGCUCCUCUUUAAAAAAAAAUGUUAUCUAAGAGUUGAAUUGGAAAAAAAUGAUCGGGGCAAUUCUAUAAAACAAUCUAUUGAGUUCAUUUUUUUUUUGUUAAACACCCUUAAUGUAGACUAUUUACACAUGGAUUUCGUCAGUGUAGGUUUCACUUUUUAAUCAAACAAAUGGGUUUUAUUUUUCUGAGCGUAUAGUUUGAAUUCACCAAUAGCAAGUUUUUGCAUUAUAGCUGAACUGCACAGACACAUUCCUUUAGGAAAAAUCACUUAUUCAGUAACAAACCAUGGGAGAUAAUAAAAACAGAUGAUGAGAAUAUUGCAGUGCAAAUAUUUUAAUUUAAAAAUUAGGAAGUUUUAAAUCCUACUAAUUACUGGUAGUUUGAAUAGAUUUUUAUAGAAAGAUGUAUGGGAAUUCUGGAGCGGUUAUCAAUACUUUUAGGAAGUAAAUUAAGAUCCUACCCCACUUUUUGGAUCAGCCAACAUCACUGGGCGCUUUUUAUCUUGCCAGGUCCCAACUUCCUCCUGCUGCAAUGAUUGGCACAAACUUUGCUGUCAUGUGAGGAGACAGAAAAGGCCUGACACAAUGAAAAGUACCUAGAGAUCUUGGGUUCAAGUGCUCCUUAUGUAGAUCUGAAGCCACAUCUGGUACUGCAUUAAGCAUAUAAUCAGAUACAUACUAGUCUGAAGGAAAGCCUUGAUGAUUCCAGGUUUUCAGUUAUGAAUUGACUUGUAUGGAAUUGUGCUGUUAAGGGAUCAAUCCUUAGUCUUCCAUUCUUAACAACAGUUUGAAAACGUCUGGUUUAUAUUGCCAUGCAUACUAAAUGUAACAUCAUCUUGUGAUGUUAUCAUCAUCAUCCAUUUUUUCAAAGGCAAUUCAAAAAUUAUUUUACAACAGCUUCAGAAACUGUAAGAAAGCUCUGUUCCCUGUUUUAACACAUACAGAAUGUAUUCCCUGCAUAUUUAGGAAAUAAUGUAAGUUUAUAAACACUGAUGCAAAAAUAUAAAGCACCAAAAGUGCUUUUCCAAACAUAACACUGUCUCUUUAAUGAAAAUGUAUUGCUUCUGCAUAAGGAAAUAAAUAAAAUAACAGCUUUUCCUUUUCCAUUCAGUUUCCAGACUAGACUUAUUUUCCCCGGCUGUUUGUAAUUUCUUGGUCUAUAUUUAUAUAACAUAAAAGAGGACUA